AUGGCUGAUUUCUCUGACGAAGACCAUCAUCAGUUCGCCUUCGAGUCCUCGCCAGAGAGUGAAUCAGAUGGUGACUCUGACGUGACCCUUCCCAUGCCUGCGCCGGCAGAGGCAGCAGCAGCAGUGGCGGCAGGGCCUCUUUCUGUGAACCCCGGGGUUGAUGUGGGCUUGCCAGAUUUGCUCAUUGAAGAACCGUUUUUCUGCCCGACGGAGUGGAAGAAGCUCAUGCGACAGGCAAAGGAAGACUUCGUGAAUCUCCGUCACAUGAACAAGUACCAAGACCAAGACGCCUUCUUUCGCCAAGGAUACUUUCGCUGGAUCAAGUCAAGAAUGCGAGAGCAUGACUGGGUGAUUAGUUCUGCAACUGUCUUCUUCAGCAUUCAACGAAGCCUUGACCAUGCAGAUGAUUCUGACGAAGAGUCUGCCCCAGCACCCUUUGAUGCAUUGUUGGUUGAACAGGCUCACUUUGUUUGCUCUGCAGCUAUUCACAAUGCAGGACUUCUACCAAAUGAGACCAACAACCGACUCGCCAGCUGGCUGUUGCAACACGGUAUUGCAAACAAGUUGGAUGAUGGCAGAAUGGUUUUGUCCCGUGAUGCAAUCAGCUAUGGAGUACGUGCUUCUUCAGCAGUACUGGAGAGAAGCCUUAGAUCUGCUGAGCUCAAAUCCAGUCUCGAGACUCAAUCUGAUCUCAGUCAAAGUGGCUGGAUUUUUGUGGAUUCUCUUCAAGAGGCUUCUGUGCGACAUCGGAAGUGCCUGCGGGAAAACCCAAAGUUUUACUUUACCUUAAUCACAAACUUUGCCGACAUGCUUGAGGAGCGUGAGCAAAGUGGAUACUUCCACCACAAACAGAGUGCCGAGUACUACAAAACUAUCGAGCUGGCCUUAGUUGUCCAUCCAGACAUGCUUGUCACAGUUCCGACCUACAAACCUGCUCGGUACUAUACACAGCUUCAAAAUUUUCUUCAAGACGAGCCAGGCGUGGAAGAUCCUCGUGAGUUCUUUGAAGGUGCAAAGCAAACGGCGAAAAGGAGGCGUCGCGCUACAUCAAAUCAAGUUCGAACUACACAGCGUUUGAGUGCUGCUGCAGCUGAGCCAUCUCAGCUUGUGGACUUACUGUCAGACUCAUCUGAGCUCUCUGACAAAGGAGCUCCUGAUUUUUCUUCAGAUGCUGCCUUCCACAACCGCAUGGAAACUGAUGCUGAGGAACAGGUGCAGUUCAUUCAAGCUCUCCAAGAACGCUACGAUUGGAAGGAUGAGGACUAUGAGGCUGAAUGGGAGGCCGCUAAGUCAAACCCGAAUGCUGUUUGGGCGAAUGACAGCUACAAUGAACCUGUGUGCUCGUUGUUGACCAUCACUGCUGCAAGUUCUUCCCGUGAACUUAGCCACAGCAAAAUCGUCGGCAAGAGCCGCAGUGUUGAAGAAGAAGAUUUGGCGGACGCUUUCAAUAGUGUGAAUCACUUCCAGCAGAUGCCAGCCUUGCCAGGGCUGAAUGCACCUCUUGCUAUUUGUGCCCCCAAAGGGAAAGCCAAAGCCAAACCCCGAGCCAAGAAGGGUAAGGGCAAGGGUAAAGGUCAGAUGGGGGAAGAGAAUGAACAUCCAGAGGAUGACGGCAAACGCAAGCGAGUUCGUGAUGAAGAGCUCUUCCAGCUUGAUUUGAAGCGUCAGCAAAUUUGUUUGCAACGCAGUACAGCAACUUGGUAG